GUUAUGGGUAUAAUGGAGUUAUUUGCUGGGUGCCGUGGCGCGUCCCGGUCAUUGCGCCGUUCCGUUCCAUCGGCGAUGCAGUUUUUCCUCCUUUUUUCCUGCUUUUUAGUUGCAGGUAUUUUUGCUUCGCAGAUCUCUGCGGAGCACGGCGAAACAGAGACGUAUAGCGAGCUACGCAGCAAGGGAAAUGAUCCUACUGAGCAAGUACAGGGCGAGGAGUACGACCCCAUUGAGCAGGUACAGGGCGAGGAGCACGACCCCAUUGAGCAGGUACAGGGCGAGGAGUACGACCCCAUUGAGCAGGUACAGGGCGAGGAGCACGACCCCAUUGAGCAGGUGCAAGGGGAGGAGAACGACCCUAUUGAGCAAGGUGAGGAGUACGACCCCAUUGAGCAGGUACAGGGAGAGGAGUAUGACCCCAUUGAGCAGGUACAGGGCGAGGAGCACGACCCCAUUGAGCAGGUGCAAGGGGAGGAGUACGACCCUAUUGAGCAGGUGCAAGGCGAGGAGCACGACCCCAUUGUGCAGGGCGAGGAGCACGACCCCAUUGUGCAGGGCGAGGAGCACGACCCCAUUGCGCAGGGCGAGGAGCACGACCCCAUUGCGCAGGGCGAGGAGCACGACCCCAUUGCGCAGGGCGAGGAGCACGACCCCAUUGCGCAGGGCGAGGAGCACGACCCCAUUGCGCAGGGCGAGGAGCACGACCCCAUUGCGCAGGUGCAGGGCGAGGAGCACGACCCCAUUGCGCAGGUGCAGGGCGAGGAGCACGACCCCAUUGCGCAGGGCGAGGAGCACGACCCCAUUGCGCAGGGCGAGGAGCACGACCCCAUUGCGCAGGGCGAGGAGCACGACCCCAUUGCGCAGGGCGAGGAGCACGACCCCAUUGCGCAGGGCGAGGAGCACGACCCCAUUGCGCAGGGCGAGGAGCACGACCCCAUUGCGCAGGUGCAGGGCGAGGAGCACGACCCCAUUGAGCAGGUGCAGGGCGAGGAGCACGACCCCAUUGAGCAGGUGCAGGGCGAGGAGCACGAUACCAUUCAGCAGGUUGAGACGGAGAUACACAGUGAGGAAAAUGUUCCGGUUCAACCUCCAAUACAACCAAGGCCUUACCCUGUGAAGUUUAUUCCGCCUUACGGCAUCCCAGUGCCUGUCACUCCCUUUCCUUUCAAGCUGCUUAGCCCUCGGGUCAUCCCUGUCAACGCGCCCGUGCCGCCUGAGCUCCAAAAGGUCAUGAAUCCCAAGCCUGUUCCUAUGCCCUGGCCGCUACCCAUUAGUCUUGCUGCAGCGGUCCGCGUGUUGUGCAGCGAAAACAAAAUGUACGUGAGGGUAAGGACUGACCUGUACGGAUUCAAGUGUAAAGCAGGCCAGUUGACUCUGGGGACCAGCUGCAGAAGCAAUGGAGUCUCUGGUGGGUAUCUUCUCUUUACAUACGGCCUCAAAGAAUGUGGAAGCCAGGCGUCUGUGGAAGCUGGACAGUUGGUGUACAAGAACGUCCUUAAAUAUGUUCCAUCUGUGCAAAACAGUACAAUUCGGAGAUCUAUGCCAUUCACUGUACCCCUUCAGUGUCGUUACUAUAGGUAA